AUGGCUAACAGAGGACCAAGCUAUGGCUUAAGCCGAGAAGUUCAGGAAAAGAUUGAACAGAAAUAUGACCCGGAAUUAGAGUCUAGGCUGGUGAACUGGAUUAUUGUACAGUGUGGAGAACAGAUAGAGCACCCUCCUCCUGGAAGGCAACAUUUUCAGACCUGGCUGAUGGAUGGAACGCUGUUAUGCAAGUUAAUAAACAGUUUACAUCCGAAGGGAAAUGAGCCCAUUGCAAAGAUCUCUGAAUCGAAAAUGGCUUUCAAGCAGAUGGAACAAAUUUCUCAGUUCUUAAAAGCUGCUGAAAUCUACGGAGUAAGAACAACAGAUAUUUUCCAGACAGUGGAUUUAUGGGAAGGGAAGGACAUGGCAGCAGUGCAGAGAACCUUAAUGGCUCUAGGCAGUUUGGCGGUCACCAAGGAUGACGGCUGCUACAAAGGGGAUCCAUCCUGGUUUCACAGGAAAGCACAGCAGAAUCGACGAGGAUUUUCAGAAGAGCAGCUUCGUCAGGGACAGAAUGUAAUAGGCCUUCAGAUGGGCAGCAACAAAGGAGCAUCACAGUCGGGUAUGACAGGCUAUGGAAUGCCAAGGCAGAUUAUCUAA